AGACGCGGAAGGCUCGCACUACACCGAUGUUUUGGCGCGUUCUACCGUCUACUCGUUAAACUCGUUGACUGACAUUAUCAAUCGGGAUGACAGAGAAUCGCUUGCUGAACUUCAUCGCUACCUUCACAGCGAGCUCCUCGACUCCCCCAUCGAAGAGCAACCAGCAGUGGACCCUCGACGCCUUUCGCUUUCGUCUUCGUUGAAAUCUGAGCGUCGUCGCUCCCUUCCAACACGGACAUCGAUGGCGUCGAUCUCAUCCGAGUUUACUCUGCCUGUUGCUAAGCCAGAGGCAUCAGAUUUCCAGAUGCGGAGAAGAAGGGCGGCAAAACUGACGCAUUUCUUUGGGGUGGAUUACCAUGAGUUGAUUCACGACGUGUUGGAGAGUAUCGAGAAAGGUGUGGACGAGGAGAGGAAGAGGGGGACGCUCCAGCCGGAGGAAGUUGAGGUGCUGCUCCACAAACUGCGCACUCUCAAAACCAAACGGAAUGGACUGUUCUAAUUUACAUAUAUGCGCCAGCCCUAUGAUUCCUAUCCACACUUUAUGCGUUCUAUCCAUUGUACAAAUCAUUAUGAUGAUGAUGACAACUCAUGAACUUGAUGCACUCCUAUGUUUAACUUGUAUACCCAGCGAUCAUCGUGAAUAU